AUGAGAUAUGUUAAGAAAAGAGCUAUAAUAUUUUGGAUUCCCAUGAUGGCUAAUGGCAUCAUAUACGCCAUAAUACCAUUUGUUAUUCCAGGGCGCCACUUUCCAGAAGAUGACUUUAUUCUAUAUGGUUUAGACCCGAUGUUUGAAAGUCCUAAUUUUGAAAUCGCUUCUUUUCUACUUACUGUUAGUAUUGCCUUAACUAUUUACGCAUCUUCUACUAUAACUGCUUUUCUUAUUGUCAUUACUGGAUACAUCGAAGCUCAAAUGCUGGCAUUGGGUCAAGAAAUUUCACAAAUUUGGGAUGAUGCCUUUCAUAAUAUAGAAACAUCACUUAAUGAAGACCAGAACGAACAACGAGAAGAGACUAAUAAUAUAAUGCUUAACAGCUUCAUAAGAGACAGUUUAAAAAAUAUAUUAAAACUUCAUAUAACUAACAUCAAUAUGAUAAAUCAAGUGGAAGCGGUAUUUCGCGGAGCAAUAGCUGUUGAAUUUAUUCUAUUAUUUGUAAGUAUUACAGCAGUCCUUCUCGGAGGCUUGGAGAAUACGUAUUUAGAACUACCCUAUGGAUUGAUGCAGGUAGCAGUAGACUGUUUUACUGGACAAAGAUUAAUUGACGCCAGUAUUUACUUUGAAAAUUCAGUGUAUUUUUGUAAAUGGGAGAAUUUCGAUAAUAGAAAUAUGCAGACGAUUCUAUUAAUAUUACAAGCUUCGCAAAAAUCUUUGACAUUGUCAGCAGGUGGAUUGACAGCACUUAGUUUCCCAUGCCUGAUGUCUGUUUUAAAAUCUAUUUAUUCAACUUUUACUACGUUACAUUCAGCACUA